GAGAGACCGAGUUAGAGUGAGAGCAAGGUGCAAACGUUGCUCAGCCUCCUCAUUGCAGCCGCGACAAGCAGCCAGAGAGGAACUCCAGUCUAACCGUUGGCAACAAUAGACUACUGAAAACACAGUUUGACCGGUCAAAAGAUCUUUGCCAGAAACAUUGUCAGUGGGAGAAAGCUGCUCAAGGACCAGGGAGAAGCCGAUAAGGUGAAGAUCUAAAGGCAAUUACAACACCGGCUUCUAAAACAAGGUGCAGAUUAUCCUUCUGUGUGGUGAGACAGGAAGAGCAUCAGCACAGGCACUUAAGGGCCAAUCAGAGUUCUAUUUGAGGAGUUGAUGAUCUCACCCUAGUGCCCGAGUUGUGAUGUGGGGGUGCACCAUGGCAAUACAAGGUUCAAUGGUGAGCCUGGCUUUACUGUUCUUUGGGAUUCAAGCUGUCCCUAACCCCACCAACAAACUAGUAAGGACCACAAGGGUGAGGCGACAGGUUGCCGAAGGUGGGGGUCCUUCUAACAACCAGACCCAGGCCAUGAUCUUCAAUCAUGUAUACAACAUCAAUGUACCUCUAGAGUCACUCUGUUCAGUGGAGCUAGACAUGAUACCAGGGCCAGGGACAAACAAAGGUACAGCUGGGAGUGACAAGAUGCCGACAGAGUACACAGAAGAGACAGUGGACUCGGACAGCCAGGUGACUUUCACCCAUCGCAUCAAUAUCCCAAAGCAGGCCUGUGCUUAUCCUGCGGCUGUCGCCAUGGAACAGCUGGCUAACCGUAUAGAGAUGCUGGAGAGGGAGGUAUCCUUGCUUCGAGCACAGUGUAGCUCCAGCUGCUGUGGAGAGAGCUCUGUUAUGGGUCAGUUCGACUUCGUCCCUCAGUGUGGCCAUGGCACGUUCAGCAUGGAGGUUUGUGGGUGCGUUUGUGAAGAAGGAUGGUUUGGCAAGAACUGCUCUGAAGCCCGCUGCCCAGAUGACUGCUCUGGCCAGGGCAUUUGCAUCGAAGGCGAGUGUGUAUGUGACCGUAACUUUGGCGGUGAGAAUUGCUCAGAGCCUCGAUGUCCAGGUGAUUGUUCUGACAGGGGGUUAUGUAUUGAUGGCGAGUGUGUUUGCGAGGAAGCCUAUGCUGGGGAGGACUGCUCGCUGGGCAGGUGUCUGAACGACUGCUCAGAUCAAGGAACCUGUGUGAACGGAACCUGCCAGUGCCGACCCGGCUUCCUGGGGGAAGACUGCUCUCUCAUCUUCUGUGCUAAUAACUGCAGCCAGAAAGGGGUGUGUAAGGAUGGUUUCUGCGCCUGUCAAGAGGGAUAUACAGGAGAUGACUGCGCUUCAGUGUCACCUCCUAUGAAUCUGCAAGUUCGGGGAGUGUCCGAGAACAGCAUUGAUCUGGAGUGGGAGGGGCCUGUGAUCCUGACAGACUUUCUCAUCACUUACGCACCCACAACCCCUGGUGGAGUCCAACUGGAGAUCCGAGUCCCAGGAAAUGUUACCAACACCACCAUCAAAGGAUUGGAGCCGGGUCUGGAGUACACCAUCAAUGUGUACGCGGUGAUCGACAACAUCAUCAGUGCCCCACUGAACACCUUAGUCUCCACCUAUCUCACGAAUCCAGACGGUUUACUCUUCAAAUCCAUCAUGGAGACGUCCGUGGAGGUUCAGUGGCAACCCUUAGACUACUUGUUUGAUGGUUGGGAAAUAAGCUUCAUUCCCAAGGACAAUGAUGGAGGGAUGACAGCACAACUACCCAGUACCAUCACGUUGUUCCACCAAACAGGGCUGCGGCCUGGGGAAGAAUACACUGUCAACCUUGUAGCCUUGAAAGACCAAGGAAGGAGCCAGCCUGUUACUGCAACCAUUAUCACAUUGAUUGAUGGGCCAACACAACUUGUUGUACGAGAUGUCUUAGACACGGUUGCCUUUGUGGAGUGGAGCCCACCCAAGGCUAAAGUGGACCAGAUUUUAUUGCGGUAUGGGCUGGUAGGGGUGGAUGGACCAAAGACCAUCUUUCGCCUGCAGCCUACUCUGUGCCAGUACUCCCUCCAAGUCCUGAGGCCUGGAUCCACGUAUGAAGUAUCAGUCAGUGGAGUCCGGAAUGGCACUGAGAGUGAAGCCAUUUCCACAGAGUUUACAACAGAAAUCGAUGCACCAAAGAACCUGAGAGUGCUGUCAAAAACUUCCACUAGCCUGGAGCUGGAAUGGGACAAUAGUGAGGCAGAUGUAGAAGGCUACAGGGUGGUUUACAGCACACUGGCUGGUGAUCAGUAUGACAAAGUCAUUGUCCCACUCAACGAUGGCGCCACCACCAAAACUACUCUCACUGAUUUACUGCCUGGCACAGAGUAUGGCAUAGGAAUUUCAGCAGUUCUAGGUGCCAACCAAAGCACCCCAGCUACGAUGAAUGCCAGAACGGGUCUGGAUGUCCCCUUGGAUUUGACUGUCACAGCCUCAACAGACAACACCAUUACCCUGUUGUGGGGCACAGUGCAGGGGCCUAUUGAUCACUACAGGGUGACCUACACUUCCUCCACUGGAGUGACAACUGAGCUGACGGUGCCCAAGGAUGUCACCACCACCACACUGACAGGUCUAGAGCCUGGCACUGAGUACACCAUUACAGUUGCAGCACAGAGAGGCAGGCAGAAGAGCACUGCAGCCACUAUUGAUGCCUUCACAGGGUUCCGCCCUAUCACACAGCUCUUCUUCUCUGAUGUCACUUCUGAUUCAUUGACUGUGGCAUGGAGUGCACCGGCUCCGCCUGCUGACGCAUUCAUCUUGAACUACAAUGCUCAGGACUCCAGAGAUGAUUCUGAGAUUGCUCUAGACGGGUCCAAAACCGGUAUCACCCUCACUGGUCUCCUGCCCUCCAGGCGGUAUACUGUUACCUUGGUUACCAUGCAUGGCAAUGUGACCUCAAAGCCAGUUAUUGGCUCAGUCACAACAGGAAUGGACCCUCCCCGAGAUAUGACUGUGCUGUACGUCACAGAGGAAUCUGUAACCAUUUCAUGGAUUCAACCUUACGCACCCUUUGAUUACUACAAAAUGUCUUACCAAUCACCAAAAGGUAGGGUGGAUAAUGUGGUGAUUGACAACGAUGUCACCAACUACACCUUAAGUAGCCUCCAUCCAGCGGCGGAGUAUGAAAUCAAGCUGAACGCAGUGAGAGGAAGCCAAGAGAGCAAGGUCAUCACCACUACUGUCUUCACAGCUAUGGACAUGCCUAUGGACCUCACUGCGUUGAAUGUUACACCUCAGGGGGCUCUGCUACGUUGGAACCCCCCUGUUUCCAGUGUUGAUAACUACGUGGUCACCCUCACCCGUAACCAAGUUAUGGCAGACACCUUCUUAGUGGAGGGUAACAAGCAGGAGUACCAGUUGAGUCAGCUCAUCCCCAGCACCACCUAUUCAGUGGCUCUUUAUGCCACUAAAGGUCCUCUCACCAGUGGCACCGUCAUCGCCAACUUUGUCACACCCAUGGAUGCGCCCCAGAACCUGACAGCUAGUGAGAUUAACCAUCGAAGUGCCCUCAUAUCCUGGCAGCCGCCCAUCGCAGACAUCGAUAACUACAUGCUGACCUACAAAGCAGCGGAUGGCAGUCGAAAGGAGCUGAUCUUAGAUGCCGAAGACACAUGGAUCCGUCUCGAGGGGCUGGCGGAGACCACUGAAUAUACUGUGAGACUGCAAGCCGCUAGAGGAUUAGAGACCAGCGCCAUUGUUUCUACAUCUUUCACAACAGGAAACCGAUUGUUUCCCACGCCACAGAACUGUGCGCAACACCUCCUUAACGGAGAGACACUGAGUGGAAUUUACACCAUAUACAUCAACAGAGACUUCAGCCAAGGUGUGCAGGUUUACUGCGACAUGAUCACCGACGGAGGCGGCUGGAUAGUGUUCCAGCGACGUCAGAACGGUUUAACUGAUUUCUCCAGGAAGUGGAGUGACUACAAUAUCGGCUUUGGCAACCUGGAGGAUGAAUUCUGGCUCGGCUUGGACAGCAUUAUGAAGAUUGCAGCUCAAGGUCGUUACGAGCUCCGCAUUGACAUGAAAGAUGGCCAGGAGUCUGUAUAUGCCAACUAUGACAGGUUUUCCAUCGGAGAUUCCAAGAGCCUCUACAAACUGAGGAUAGGAGAGUAUAAUGGCACUGCAGGUGACUCUCUAAGCUACCACCAGAGCAGACCUUUCUCUACUAAGGACAAGGACAAUGAUAUCGCCGUCACCAACUGUGCAAUGUCCUACAAGGGAGCCUGGUGGUACAAAAACUGUCAUCGAGCCAACCUUAACGGCAAAUACGGCGAGUCGAGACAUAGUCAGGGUAUAAACUGGUACCACUGGAAAGGCCAUGAGUUUUCCAUCCCUUUUGUGGAGAUGAAGAUGAGACCUUUCAACUACCGCAGCAUCAGUGGCAAGCGGAGGAGGUCCACCCAUUAAUCUACCGUCCUACUAGCUGUUUCUAUUUUUAGACAGGGCAAGGAGGACAGAAGGAGCGAUGUAACUUAUUUAAAUCUUUGAAUGACAAAAUCUCUUUGACGAAUGUCUGAUGUAAAUUGUUAACCUUGAGGUUCGGUGACUUUCUUAUGUGUAAUGCUUUUUGUUAAGGUCUGGGAGAUUAAAGACUAGGUAGGCUUUGGUAUUUUUAGCACAUGUGCAGUACGAGACAUGUGGAAAGAACCUCAUCAUUGUGAAGAAAAGAGAUCAGUUCUCCCUUUGAGAUUAAUGAUUUUAGAAGAAAAUGAAUGCCCGUUAAAAUGAGAUGCUUAUAUUUUUAUAAAUGAUGAGAAAUACCUUUUAAAAAAAAAAAGUAACUGAAUGAUUUUUGGUCAGUUUUGAUUCAUGUUCAUGUGUCCCAUUACAGUGUUAUAUUUUUCAUUUACUGCACCCUGAAGCCAACAAUAUUUGUUUUAGUGUUUGUAUUUUCAUCUCCUAUUUAAACUUGCAUUAACAGUCGGCCAUUGUACUGUUGCAGCAUUGCAGCAAAUGCAGGGUUUUCUGGAAAAGAUGAGACAAAAACACAAAAUGUUGUGUUUAUUAUUUUUGAAACCUCGGAAACCAAAGAUUUUUUCAGUAUCUGGGGUCAAAACAGAUUGAUCAAAAAAAAAAAAGGAAUAAUCACACGAUUUUCAGUCGGACAAUGUGCCCCGUAUUUGCUGAUUAGUAAUACUUUUAAAUCAUCCCACAUCAGUUUUUUAAGGUAUAAAGUGUAAUGAGAGCCCUGAUAUGUACAUACGGAAAAAUUUUACAUAAAUGUCUCAUACUCCAUGUUUUUUAGUGUUUUUGUUCCUUUAGACUUGAAAGAAUAAUGAUGUCCAUCUGUUUCUUGGUAAAUCCUCUAUAUUAAUAGCAAUUCAUAGGUGAGUGCAGGAGAAUUGCAGUCUAUGUUUUACACUGCAGAGGUACAAGCAGACUGAAGACCAUUUAAAGGGAAAUUUUCAUAGACCUUCUGUUCCUUUCAUCUAUAGUCAUUCUAAAAUGAAGCUGGACAGACACCUCCUGAAAAACAGUCAGACUUGAGCUUUCAAAACUUGAUGUACACACAGUAGGACACAUAAGCAGUGCAACUCUGUGCAACUUAGAACUUUCUUCUUUUACCUUUUUUUGCACCUGACAAGAAUAUAUUAUUUUGUUCUGUAGUUUAACAUGGCUUCAGUGUAUUUUGUUCAGUGAUUGAAAGGUUUGGAAAGGAAUACAACCCUGUCAUAUUUUUCUAAACCUUCCUCAUGCAAUGUAACUCUUACCUCAGCAAGAUAAUUCUUUCUCUUAUAACAUUUUACUUUCUCAUUGUCUAAUUAACUCCUGGCAACACUGAAGAUGUUGUUGAAAUAUGUUGUUUUCUGUGUAUUUGUUAAAAGUACUGAAACAGUAAAAUAUUACAUGUUAGUUUAUUUUCAACAAUUUAAUACAUAAUACAGAUACUCUGAAAUUCAAUUAAAACACUUUAAAGAUCUGCAUUUCAGCUUAAGGCAAAACUAAGCAAACCUGUUUGCUGUUUUUAGGAAAACUUUGAAGAACGUCUACGGUUACGUAUGUAACCCUGGUUCCCCGAAGGAAUGAGAUGCUGCAUCGAGGAUGCUUUGAGGAAUUCCUACAGCGUGACAUCUCUGAAUAACGUCAUAGGCAGAUGAUGUCAGAAACCAGGAAGCAUAAAAGCACAAGUGGCAAAGCCAGCAUCCAGCCUCAAAGGAUGAAGCAAGCGCCAGCCAGAGAUGCCUGGAAGUGUGGCACUGCGACGCAGCAUCUCGAUCCUUCAAGGAACCCGGGUUACAUAUGUAAACUUAGGCGUGCUGGUGCUGCGUCAAGGACGCUAUGGGGAACGAGAAUGCCCAAGCCGCCAGCCUUUCAAAUCUAUCUAUCAAUCGGGGAAAAAUGUAAAGUUUAAAGCCUCGGCCACGUCUGUACCAUGGCGUCCAGCCCCAGUGGAGCUGGAUGAGUCAAAGGAAGCCAGAGGGGACAGUCCGAUGUCUCUGGAGUCCCAAACAGAUCCACCCGAGUCUGGCCAACCUCUCCAGCUUUGCUUCAUCACCUCGGUGUGAAGCCGCCAUUCCCCGGGCUUCAGUCCCUGCCCUUAACAGGAUGUCUGCUCCCAUAUUAAGAUGCCCAGGAAUGUGGACUGCUUUCAGUGAGAGGAGUUCACCCUGGGACCACACAAGGAUCUGGUACGCUAGUUUGUAAAAAUGGCGUGAGCGCAGAACUCCUCGCCGGAGAUCGCUACACCCUGGAACACCGGCAGCGUUGGCAGAACCGUCUCCUAAAGGCACUGAGGAGAGACAGGCACUGUGUAAUGCGGUGUACACCGCUCUUCCCCAGAGGGAGUUGGCCCUUAAAAAGGUCCUAGGCCUUAGGCGUCAAGACGUCAUGGCGAAGGCUAUCCAGCGAAAAUGACGGUCUGCCGAACCGCUUUCCACUAGAAGCCUUUAGCCUGAGAGCGCCACUCUGACUCUAGCAUCUGCGGAGUACAAAAGUGACACCCUUGGCCCGAGGGGCUGGAACACAGUUGGGACUGCUCCGCCCAGCAGCCCCUGACUGCCUCAACCUCCUCAGAGGAAUAGAGCUGAACACGUGUUCUCACACAAGAAAUUACAUCUAACUUCACAUAGUCAGAUAAAUGUUAUUUUAUUCCACAGAAUUAAAUGUAGUCAACAACGAGACGAGUCAGAAUGGUCUGGUGUAGAAAAACUCACAUCAAAACUAAAUAAUGUAAUUCACGCCACAUCGGCGAAAGCGGGGCUGGCACCGCGAGAAACGCCAAUGAAGGCUCCCUCCUCAAAGAGGAGUCUUGAUUGAAGCUUUGACAAUGGAGUUUAUCAGUGGCCAAACGACACUAAAUGAGACUCACAAACAGAUAUCAACUGAUACACACACAGAGCGAUUGCUGAAAACAGAAGGCUGGCUGCCGGCUUCGCCGCUCAUGUUUUUAUGCUUCCUGGUCUCUGAUGUCACCCGUCUAUGACGUCUCGACCAUCCAUUGGACUGAUUACACACGUUAUUCAGAGACGUCACGCUGGAGGCAUUCCCCAAAGCGUCCUCAACGAAGCUCGAGCUGCUGAAGAGGAAUCCAUUUGGAUGUCAGUAACAUUAAAUGUUAUGUUUACCAAAGAAAAUAUUAGCAAGUGUUCCCAAAUACCAAAAUCAUGGCAAAGUCUUAUAUAGAUUAAAUCAAAUUAAAACUUCAUUAUAUCAUACAUUAUAUAAAUAUUCAAAUGUAUUAUAUCUGUAUGCUGUGCCCUAUUGUGUAAGGCCGUAGAUAAAUAUUCUGCAGUUCUCUGGUGUUCUGCUUCUCUUACAACACUGGUUUCGCAAAUCUCCUAAUGAGCCUUUUUUGAGAGACGGAACUAUGAUGUCUUCAAAGAGUUUCUACCCUUUCCCUUUGGUUCUAUGUUUUUCUUUUCUUUUUUCUUCUUUUUUUUUCUUUUUUUGAGGGGUGAAGAUUAGAGAGUUUGGCAACAGCUGGGAUGGGAACUAGAAACCAAGUAAAAUCUUAAUCAGCUCAAGCUAAUUGCAUUUAACACUGAAAAAAUACUUACAUUUUGCUUGCACCAGAAGGCACGAUUUUCUCCAGUUACAGUUCUGUAGAGAACAUGGAUGGAAAUAUGUGUUCCUCCUUGUGUUUUCUAACCGUUUCCGUCAGAAAACUAAUUGUUUCUAGGUUCACAAAAAAAGCAGCCCUUCUGUAGUUAUUUCUGAAAGAGGAAUAGAGAUUUCAUUGUUGUGUUGACUGAUUGAGACAGCUUCUCAACAGAGAGACAGCAGUUUCCUUCAUUAUUCAUUGACUCAGCAUAUGGUGGGGCUACUUCAAGUCCCUUUCAUUCUUCAUGCCUCCCAUCCAUCAAACCACUUAUGGCUCAACAUUCACCAUAGGAAAACACGUUACACGCAACACUUGGAGCUCUAACUCUGUGGUAUGCAGGAAACUAGGUCAUUUUACCACUCUCAUAUACAUUUAUUUAAUUUCAUUAUGAUAUUGUAAAAAUCCCAUACUUUUUGUACCUUAGAGGAUCUUGUAGGGCAGUAAAAAUGCUUUACUGCUUGUCCUUUACCUCUAUGGCUCUUGGGAAAUGUGUUUAGCAUGAAAACUAAUGAAGCAGGUGUGUGCAAAAAAAAACAUCUUUGAGACAUUUGUACCGAACUCACUAACCACAUUGUCAGAUAACCUUGGAUAUUAUUGUAACAGGUCAAAUUAGCUCUAGUUUAACUUAUAAUGUGCUGUAUAGUUCCUUUUUUAAUACAUUUUCUACACAUUAAUAAAAUAUUCAAAAUAAAAA